UCGAAAUGACUGACUAUUUUUCCACAUAUGAUAUUUCAAUUAUGUCUAAUUAUUCUUCUUUAGGUCCAGUGAAAAAGGUAAAAAUUUUAACCAAUGUUCUUAAAGGAAAGUGAUUUGGUUUAUUUAGUCGUCGAUGUGCACGCCAAAUUGGACCAAGUUUGUGCAUAUUCCACACAACAGAAAACCCACCCCACUAAAUUAAUUUUUUAAAGUCAUUAUUGACUAAUUUGUCACUAAGUAUAAUCCAUUGUUUUGAUGUGCAACUUCCUCUUGACUGCCCCUGCCGAAAGGUAGAUGCCAAAAGCCACCCCGGCCCCAAGGCCAUCUUUCGCUCGGAAAAAAUACAUGCAUGAUUGUUACAAGAACCAAUUUAACAUAAUUAGUAUUUGAUCCUACCAAAAAUUUUUUAAAAAAAAAUCAUAUCAUUACAUGUAAAUUGUCUGAUGUGUUUUUCUCUGUAGGUUGUGGUAUAAUUACCAGUUAAAUCGGUUAGCAAACAGAAUAUUUUUAAUGGAGUAAACAAGUAGAAAGUGGCAAAUAGUAGUAAUCCCGCAGCAACUACUCCCAACACCCUUGGUUAAGUUAGAAUUAGCAAACAAAAAAAAAACUUCCAGGAGAUAUUCUCUGCCUUCUGUGCACUUCUGCAUAUCUUUCUUUCAUUUUUUCACCCUUUGGCUUGAUAUUCCAAAAAGCAUCUUUGAUUUCGUUCAUUUUUCUCCUUUCCAGAAAUUGUUCAACUCCCCCUUUAAAACCAAAGCCUAACUAUGGGUAACAUCUUCUCGAUCUCAGCUUCAUGCGACACUGUCAUUACCCGCUGCUGUGAUUGUGUUGCCGGACAAGCACAGUUUGUAUGCAAGCUUGAAGAAAACGUAGAAGCUUUAAAAAUUGCACUAGCAGAAUUGACGGAUCUAAGGAAUGAUGUGAUCAGAAGAGUGAAAAUAGCUGAAGAUCAACAACAGCUGAAGCGGCUAGACCAAGUUCAAGGCUGGCUUGCGAGGGCAGAAACUUUGAUUAAUGGAGCUCAUUUGUUGAUUGAGCAAAGUCCUCAGGAAAUUAAGAAAUUAUGUGUAGGAGGUUGUUUUUCUAUGAGUCCCAAGUCCAACCUGAAGUUUGGGAAGCAAAUUACCAAAAUGCUCCGAGAUGUUGUAGAUCAUAAGAGCAAGGGAGUUUUUGACAAGGUGGCUGAGGAGGAACCAACGCCUCUAGUAACUGAACGACCUACUGAGCAUACUGUUGGUUUGGAAUCCACAUUCGAUAAGGCUUGCAGCAUCCUUGAAGCUGAACAAGUGGGAAUUGUUGGCCUGUAUGGCAUGGGAGGGGUUGGCAAGACAACCCUCCUGAACAAAAUCAACAACAAGUUCUGUGAACCCCCAAAUCGAUUUGAUGUAGUUAUUUGGAUUGUAGUAUCUAAAGGGUUUUACAUCGGAAAGGUCCAAGAUGACAUUGCUAAAAGGGUGGGAAUAGCUGAUGGAACAUGGCAGGACAAAACUCCAGAGGAAAAAGCUCAAAACAUCUUCAGGGUUUUAAAGGAAAAGAAAUUUGUCAUAUUGUUAGAUGAUAUAUGGGAGCGAGUUGAUCUAUCUAAGGUCGGGAUACCUCUCCCAACUCAAAAAAAUGGUUCUCUUCUUCAUGCAUGUUUAUUGGAAGAAAUAAAUGAAUCUUGCAUAAAGAUGCAUGAUGUGAUUCGUGACAUGAGUUUGUGGAUAGCAUGUGAAUGUGAAGAAGAAAAGUGGAGGUUUUUUGUGCAGGCAGGUUAUCAAUUAACUAAGUUACCAGAAGUUCAGAAUUGGGGAAGUAUACGCAGGAUGUCAUUGAUGAAGAACAGGAUUGAAAAUCUAGUAGAAGCACCUAACUGUCGUGAUCUCCAAACUCUGUUUCUUAACGGUAAUCAGUUGAAGGUGAUCAAUAAUGACUUCUUCCAAUUUAUGUGUGGCUUAAAAGUUCUAAACUUGUCAGGCAAUAGUGGUCUAGAAGAAUUGCCAGUGGGAAUUUCGAAAUUGGUGUCUCUGGAAUGUCUCGAUCUCUCAUAUACAAGCAUAAGACAGCUACCAAUUGAAUUGAAGGCUUUAGAAAAGCUUAAAUGCUUGAACUUGGAAUUUUGUGGUUCUUCUCGCAUAAGAAUUCCAAGACAGUUGAUAUCUGCUUUUUUAAAGCUGCAAGUGUUGAGAAUGUCUCACUGUUAUUAUUCUUUGGGCCAGGAAGUGGAAGAUAAUAGUGAAUGUUUGGUGGAAGAAUUGAAGUGCUUGAACCAUUUGAAUGUGUUGACUGUCAAUAUAACAAGUGCUUUGGGUCUCGAUAGCCUUUUGCGUACUGAAAGGUUAUGCAGCUGCACUUUAGCUAUUCAGCUUGAAUUGUUAAAGGACUCGAAGCGAUUGAAUAUUUUAUCUUUAGCGAAUAUGAAGAGUCUAGAAUCUCUAGACCUUGGGAACUGUGAAAGUUUGGAAGAAGAGGAGAUGGAGGGGGGAGGGGAAGGCAGAAUGAUAAAAACACAGAGCCACAUUCAAACCUCUCUGAUUGCAGGCAAACAUUGCUUCCAAAGCCUUCGCAAUGUAUUUAUAGCCACUUGUUCAAAAUUGAAGGACAUAACAUGGCUAAUUCUCGCUCCAAACCUGAGGCGGUUUAAUGUGGCCUGCUGCAACAAUAUGGAAGAAAUAAUCAAUGAGAGAAAACUGAGUCAAGUGGCUGAGCUAGUAGAAACUUUAAGCCUAUUUGGAAAACUCAAGUAUCUUACACUAGAGGAUUGCCAGAAAAUUUUUAUGCAUGAUGUGAUUCGUGACAUCAGUUUGUGGACAGCAUGCAAGUGUGAAGAAGAAAAGUGGAGGUUUUAUGUGGAGGCAGGUUAUCAAUUAACUAAGUUACCAGAAGUUCAGAAGUGGGGAAGUAUACGCAGGAUGUCAUUGAUGAAGAACAUGAUUGCAAAUUUAGUAGAUGCACCUAACUGUCCUGAUCUCCAAACUCUGUUUCUUAACGAUAAUCAGUUGAAGGUGAUCAACAAUGACUUCCAUUUUAUGUGUAGCUUAAAAGUUCUAAACUUGUCAUACAAUAGAGAUAUAGAAGAAUUGCCAGUGGGAAUUUCGAAAUUGGUGUCUCUGGAAUGUCUCGAUCUCUCGGAUACAUGGAUAGGACAGCUACCAAUUGAAUUGAAGGCUUUUGAAAAGCUUAAAUGCGUGAACUUGGAAUUUUGUGGUUCUCCUGGCACAAGAAUUCCAAGAAAGUUGAUAUCUGCAUUUUCAAAGCUGCAAGUAUUGAGAAUGUCUGGCUGUGAUUAUUCUUCGGGCUGGGAAGUGGAAGAUGAUAGUGAAUGCUUGGUGGAAGAAUUGAAGUGCUUGAACCAUUUGAAUUUGUUGACUGUCACUAUAACAAGUGCUUUGGGUCUCCAUAGACUUUUGAGUACUGAAAGGUUAUGCAGCUGCACUUUAAGUAUUCAGCUUGGAUUGUUGAAGCACUCGAAGCUUAUUUUAUCUUUAGCGAAUAUGAAGAGUCUAGAAUGUCUAGACCUUAGGAACUGUGAAAGUUUGGAAGAAGUGGAGAUGGAGUGGGGAGGGGAAGGCAGAAUGAUAAAAGCACAGAGUCACAUUGAAUCCUCUGUGAUUGCAAGCAAACAUUGCUUCCAAAGCCUUCGCUAUGUAUUUAUAACCCAGUGUUCACAAUUGAAGGACAUAACAUGGCUAAUUCACGCUCCAAACCUGAGGUCUCUUAGUGUGGGGUUCUGCAACAAUAUGGAAGAAAUAAUCAAUGAGAGAAAACUAAGUCAAGUGGCUGAGCUAGUAGAAACUUUAAGCCUAUUUGGAAAACUCGAGUCUCUUAAUUUACAGCAUUUGCCAGAGUUGAAGAGCAUUUACUGGGAUACACUUCCCUUCUCAGGUUUGAAAGGAAUUUAUGUUCAUCGGUGCCCAAAGCUGAAAAGACUUCCACUCAACUCCAACAGUGCAAAAAACAAAAUCAGCAUUAGAGGUGAGAAAGAAUGGUGGAAAGAGCUUCAAUGGGAGGAUGAAUGUGCUCUAAACGGUUUUCUUCCCUCCUUUACGUCUUUUGACUGAAAGUGCAAAGUAAACAUAUUACUUUUACCUUUAGUCUCUGUUAUAAUUGUUGUGUUUGAACCUGUUGCGGUGUGUUCUAAAAUCGUGGAUGAUUUUCUCAUUUGUGUCGUGUUCAUUAAAUUGACUAAGUUAAUGGUGAAUCUUUUGCUUAUAUGGAUUUACAUAUAGGCUGCUUGCUGCAUUUUAAUGCUGAGUAAAUAAUUUUAGCUUCAACCUAAAUAUCUCAAUUUGUU